GCUGACCCAGCAGCCCGCGCCCGCGCCCUUGUCCGCGCGACCCGGCGGCGGGCUCCAGCGGCCGGCACCAUGAGCGGCGGUGGCGACGUGGUGUGCACCGGCUGGCUGAGGAAAUCGCCCCCCGAGAAGAAGUUGAGGCGCUAUGCCUGGAAGAAAAGGUGGUUUAUCCUGCGGAGUGGCCGGAUGAGUGGUGACCCAGAUGUGCUGGAGUACUACAAGAAUGAUCACUCCAAAAAGCCCCUGAGGAUCAUCAACCUGAACUUCUGUGAACAGGUGGAUGCAGGCCUGACCUUCAACAAGAAGGAGCUUCAGGAUAGUUUUGUGUUUGAUAUUAAGACCAGUGAGCGAACCUUUUACCUGGUGGCUGAGACAGAAGAGGACAUGAAUAAGUGGGUCCAGAGCAUCUGCCAGAUCUGUGGCUUCAAUCAGGCUGAGGAAACCACAGACUCCCAGAGAAACAUCUCAGCCAGCCACGGCCCACGCUCUUCUCCAGCUGAGCUCAGCAGCUCCAGUCAGCACCUGCUCCGAGAACGAAAGUCCUCUGCCCCCUCACACUCCAGCCAGCCAACUCUGUUCACAUUUGAGCCUCCUAUGUCAAACCACAUGCAGCCCCCCUUGUCCACCAGCGCGCCUCAGGAGUAUCUCUACUUGCACCAGUGCAUAAGCCGGAGAACGGAAAACACAAGGAGUGCCAGCUUUUCUCAGGGCACAAGGCAGAAGAGUGACACAGCCAUGCAGAAACUUGCCCAGGGCAAUGGACACUGUGUCAACGGGGUCAGUGGUCAAGUGCAUGGCUUCUACAGCCUUCCCAAGCCAAGCCGGCACAAUACAGAAUUCAGAGACAGUACCUAUGACCUCCCCCGGAGCCUGGCCUCCCAUGGCCGCACCAAGGGCAGCCUCACAGGGUCUGAGACGGAUAAUGAAGAUGUGUACACCUUCAAGACACCCAGCAACACACUGUGCCGGGAGUUUGGGGACCUCCUGGUGGACAAUAUGGAUGUUCCAACCACUCCACUCUCAGCCUACCAGAUCCCUAGGACAUUCACGCUGGACAGGAACCACAAUGCCAUGACAGUGGCUACUCCUGGGGAUUCAGCUAUAGCUCCCCCUCCUCGGCCCCCCAAGCCAAGUCAGGUAGAAACACCUCGAUGGGGCAGCCCUCAGCAGAGACCCCCAAUCAGUGAAAAUAGAUCUGUCGCUGCCACCAUCCCCAGGCGCAACACGCUCCCAGCAAUGGACAACAGCCGACUCCACCGAGCUUCUUCCUGUGAGACCUACGAGUACCCUCCCCGCAGUGGGGAGAGUGCAGGCCGGUCUGCUGAGUCCACGAGUGAGGGAAUCACUUCUUUCCUGCCAGGGAAAACUGUUGUGGGUCGAUCGGACAGUACCAGUUCUGAAGAUACCUACGUGUCCAUGAACCCAGGUUCUUCCACCCUGCUGGCCAUGGAACGGGCAGGUGAUAAUUCUCAGAGUGUCUACAUCCCCAUGAGCCCAGGGCCACAUCCCUUCGACCCACUUGGCUACUCAUCGACAGCCCUUCCUGUGCACAGAGGCCCCAGCCGAGCAAGUGAGAUCCAGCCACCCCCAGUCAACCGCAACCUCAAGCCUGACCGGAAAGCCAAGCCAACACCACUCGACCUGAGAAACAAUGCCGUCAUUGAUGAGCUCCCCUUCAAGUCACCUGUCACCAAGUCCUGGUCCAGGGUCAACCACACCUUCACCUCCAGCUCCUCCCAGUACUGCCGUCCCAUCUCCACUCAGAGCAUCACAAGCACAGACUCGGGAGACAGUGAGGAGAAUUACGUCCCUAUGCAAAACCCAGUGUCUGCAUCUCCCGUUCCCAGUGGCACCAACAGUCCAGCCCCUAAGAAGAGCACUGGCAGCGUUGAUUACCUGGCUCUGGACUUCCAGCCGGGCUCCCCCAGCCCCCACCGAAAGCCAUCCACGUCAUCUGUCACUUCAGACGAAAAGGUGGACUAUGUCCAGGUGGAUAAAGAAAAGACCCAGGCCCUGCAGAACACCAUGCAGGAGUGGACAGAUGUGCGGCAGUCCUCAGAGCCUUCCAAGGGUGCCAAGCUGUGACAUGGGGGCCACCAAGUCCCCAGAGGAGACGGGAAGCAGCAUCUCUGAACUGGCUUCUUCCUGUCUCCUCUCCCACCGCUUUCCACUCUGCCACUCUUGGCCUUCAGAGCAUUUGACAUCAGGGACCCUCACCUUUCCCUUGGGAAGGGAGGGCCUGAUGGGGGCAUUUCCUCUGCCCCUCGGGGCCCAUGUGACUUAACAAUACUGGCCGUGCCUCCACCCACCUUAGUUAGGAGCUGCUGCCAAAAAGCUUCUGCCUGUCCUCGAGACCUGUCUACCAGAUGCUUGGAGGGAGGAGAGCACUGGGCCUCUGAGCCAGACUCUACACCUCAUGUGGUCACAGCCCCCACCAUCUUCCCUCCACCUUUGGGCUACCUCCCCUAAGUCCCAAGGAGGACAGGCCAGGGAGCUCAAGACCAGCAGACCAAAGUGGACAUGGACUUUUUAAUCCCUGUUUUUCCUGACAGGGGAGAGGCAAGUCCACCCAAAGAUGAAAAGGUGGUCUUCAGGGACAAGAAUUAGAUUCCCAGGUGCAGAAGGACAGUUGAUACCUUCAGGGGUUCCCUAGUCCAGCCCACGGCCACGCAGGGCCAUUGCUGGGAAUGGGAGAGGCAAAAGAAUCAAGGACAAAAUGAAGGAAAAACUGAUGAUAGGGAACAGGGCUUGGAUUGACAAGGGUGCUGCAGUCAGGCCCCUUCUGACAGUCUGAUGAUGCCACCCUGGGACAAAAAGUCAUCUUCCUGAGCAUCCCUCGGGAGGCUUGGGCUGAGCCAGUGACUCAUGGUGUGGGAAAGCCAGCAUGGUGAGGGCUGGGGGAUGUGAUGUGGAUGGAGGUGAUGCAGGAGCUGAGGGGAAACUGGGACAGGAGCCCUGGGAAUGGGGCAGUGCAGGGACACUGCAGUGAGCGUGGUGCAGCAAGUAAGCUUCUGUAUGGUAGGCCACAGGAUGACCUGAUGGGAGGCAGGGGUGCAGGAUGGAGCAGCUAGGUGCAUGGCAGGUGACAUGAGGGCCAGUUCUGGGACUGAGAGGAUGACAGGUAAAGCAGGACCGUACCUAAGAGAUGGGGGGGUAUGGCUGGUAGCUCCUGCCCAGCUCCGGAGAGAAACGCGGUGGGCCUGGUGUCAAGCCCAGGGUCUGUUCUCAGCUCCUCUUCCCCUCUGUCCCCUAGGAUUGCAGCUGCCGUAUUAAACUCAAACUUACCUGUAAAGAUGGCUUGAAAGGCCACCAGAGCAGCAGGCAUAGGAGAUAGGGUGCCACCAGAGCUAGGGAGGGAGAUCUGAAUUUUUAUGUAGAAAGUUCCUGACCAAAUUUCCAGGUAUUUCAGAGGCAAUGGGCCAGACAAAGCAUUUCAGUUUGCCCUAGGGUGAACAGACCUUCCUUCAAAAGUAGGACUUCCCACUGUGCUUAAUGGGCGAGGCUACCACUCACAUUCUGGCUCCCAGGAGUAUACACACCUCUGCAGACCAAUGGCCUGUCAUUUCCCAUGAGCCCCGUCCUGAGAGAAGUUAUUUCCUCAGCAGUAGCCCUUCUAGUAUUAAUUCAGAGCAACUCAAAGAUCAUUAAGUAACUGUUACUGAGGCCAGGCCCUGGUCUUAGGCACCAAGGCCACAGGCUAAUCACACCUUGUCUCUGAACUUGAGGUCAAAAUCAGUGAGAAAAAAAGGACUAGGAUACAAGGCAAUGGUGAUGGCUGUGAGAUGAGAUAUCAGUGGAGCAGAAGGAAUAAAGACUACUCAGGGAGGCUGGUGCCAGAGGGCCAGAAGGUGAUGACCAGACAAGGUGGCUCUAGGGAAAGGGGUGCCAGAGCUAGGCCUUGGAGGAGCAUAGUGAGAGUCCCGCAGGGCUGGAAGGCCGUGUGCUUUGGGAAAAAAAGGCCUCUGAAGAGGGCAGUGGAGGCUGUGGCGACACUGUAGGGUUGACAGGGUGACUGUUCACUCUGCCUUCCCUGACUGUCCCUUUAGGGCUUUCUGUCAGGAGUCCAACAUGGCUGAGUUUCUAAUGGUCCCUUGUGUGUUGACUCCAUAGUGCCAUAAACAUGUUACCAUGCUCUGAGUGUUAUGUGAAUGAAACUGGCUGGGGUGUGCAGAGACUAAGGUGCUCUAAUGUAGGUGGUCUCCAGGUAGUCUCCUUCCAGCUCUUGGUUCCUGCUUCUACCCACCUCUUAGGGUGGAAAUUGGGGUAAAGAUGAAAGGGGAAAGCGGAGCUCUGGCUCACAAGCCCCAGACUACCAGCCCUAACGUGUACUUGCUCCUUCAACCCCCCCAAAAAGACGUGAACUCAGUUCAAAAUAACAGAUCCUUUAGCUGCCCCUGGGUCCAAAUUCACCUGUCCUGGCAAGGACUGAGACCCAGAAUGGAGAUGCCUUCUCACCUAGUGGAGCUCACACAAGGAUCCAUCCUCGUCUGGGACUGUCUCCAGAGCAGCUUUUUUCACCCACUUCCUGCUCCACCUCAGAAAAAGUUGAAUGGGAACAGUGAGGAAAGCGAAGGAAGGUAUGGUGUCUCUCCUGGACUUCGGCUUACCUGUCAAAGGGUGGAUUAGAUGGUCGCUGAAGCCCGUAAUGUCUGAUCCUCAGCUAUGGUGAGGGGGAGCUCCCUAUUGCAUCACCAGGGAUGGGCAGUACCCAGAGCAUCAACCAGUUAACUCAGUCUCCUAGCUUGAUUUUGCUGACUUCUACAUUUCAAACCCUUAAGCCCAAUUCUUAGACGCACAACCAUUCUAAGGUUAUUCCCUCAAUUCCAGUCUGCCUCUGUCCCCUUCACCUGCUGUGGGGGGCACAGUCUCAGCCCCGAGUGUGGCCUGCCCCCAACCCCUUUGGCAGAGCUCUGGUGGAAUGCAGGCUCAGGGGACAUUAGCUCUUCCUUCCUGUCUAGGCCUUCACCUGUAAAUGGGGAAGUGAGGCUGGCCCCAUGGGGCCAUCUUUCUGGGACUCACCAAGUUCUUUGGGGGACCUGCUGGGGAUUCAUGCUGUCACAUGGUACCUGGUGAUGUGUGCUCUUGUGUAAUAAUCUGUUGGCUACUUGUGUCUUGAAAUUUAGAAUCAUUUUGCACAGAGCGUCCCUGUGUGUUUGAAAGAGAAAAUGGGCUAGAAGCAGCCCUAUCUCAAGUUCUUGUCUUGUUGCCAUUUAAAUUGACAUUUAAUUUUUUCAAAUCACUGUUAGUGCCUAAUCACUUAAGUUAUUAAUUUAUUCUGUUUUCUUUU